AUGGCAAGCAACGGCGAUCUCAAACAUCCUCCCACCCUCACCCGUCUGGCGGCAAGACGUCUUCAUCAGAUUGCGACUGAAGAGUUACAGCCGGAGCUUUAUGACAAGGCCAUCUACUGUAUCAUCGAUUGGCUUGGAGCUGUCCACUCCGGCCUUUCGUUGCCAUGGAAAGAUGCUUUGAUGAAAUACGCAAAACUGAAUCGUGGCACGCCGGAGGCAUUUGCGUGGGGUGUCAACCAAGAGAUCUCAACCGAGACGGCAGCCUUUGUCAACGCGACCUUAGCACACAGUGCCAUUCGCGAUGACAUGCACCUUGCGGCCUGUUCACAUAUUGGCUCGAUCGUCAUAUCAUCAGCUCUUGCACUAGCCCAGCGGCACCAAUGGUCUGGCGAGACGUUGCUCCGGGCUAUUGUCGCUGGAUAUGAAAUGGCAGCACUGCUUGGCACGGCCAUCCGAAGUCGGGGGUCAUUCAACGCCCACUUCCGUCCCAGUGGUCUGAUCGGUGCAUUUGGCGCUGCGGCGGCGGCGAUAGCAGCCGAGAAGGUCGAGGAGGCAGUCGCCGUAAAUACCCUAGGGUACGCGGUCAAUAUGAGUGCUGGCUUCAAUGAGUGGGCAUGGUCUGGGGGAAUGGAGAUAUUCGUCCAGAUGGGUGUUGCAAGUCGUGCAGGAAUUGCCGCUUUUGAUCUGGCAACCGCUGGUUUCGAGUGCAGUGACACGGCCUUGGAGGGCAAAGAUGGCUUCUUCAAUGCGCUCAGUGUCGGACCUGCUGGCGCUGAGGUCUUCAAAGAUUGGCUCAACACCUCCGCCAUAGGCCAAGGCAUCCUGGAUGUGCGUUUCAAACCGGUGGCCGGUUGCAACUACGCCCAGACCACUUCCGCAGUUGCCGUCCGGAUAUAUCAGAAACACAAGCCGAGUGACAUCAAGGAAAUCAACAUCACCGCCACUUCGCAGGCUGUCAAAUACCCAGGAUGCAACAACGCAGGUCCUCUGAGCACCAUACAAAAUACCAAGAUGUCGAUACAGUUUGGGGUAUCCGCAGCAUUGGUGUUUGGCGGACUGGGCGAGGAAAUCUUCAAAAAGGCUGAUGAGCCGCGUGUGAACCAGCUCAUGUCGAAGUGCCGGUUGCAGUCAAGCGCUGAGUUUGACAAGCUGUAUGCGCGUGGCCUUCAGCCCGCAACGGUGGAAGUCACCCUGGUUGAUGGGACAGUGCUCCGAGAAAGUGCUGAGGACGUGCCUUGGUUGACCGAAAGCGAUGUCGAAGCUCGUUCAGUUUCGGAACAGGCGCAAGAUAUUCCCAAAGAUGCGGCAGUUGAGGUUGUCGCAUUAUGCAAGAAGUUGAGGAGUCUUGAAGGCUGCGGUGAGCUCCUGGAGACCUGGAAGGUCAAGUAG